GAACCUCAGUCACGCAAAAAAAGAACUGAAUGAGGGUGCGCACAGUAGCCUCGGGCCACCGACAACACAGAAACUAGCAAAAUGCUGCCACAGUUCCCAAAUGCUCCACUGCACCCUCUGAAGCUUUGGUGAAUGUAGACCAAUCAUAUCUAUAUUGACAUUUUUGUAACUGAGCAGCAGCUGCAAAAAGACAAAAAAAAAUUAUACAUAGCAGACACAUUAAAACAGAAGAGCAGCAAUGCUUUGGCCCGUGUUGUUCACUCUGCAAGCUGCGUAUACCAGCGUGGCAUAUGCCAUGCAACAUUACCCAGCAGCUUGGGGACACUAUGACGUUUGUAAGUCCCAGAUCUACACAGAGGAGGGCCUGGCGUGGGACUACAUGGCCUGCCAGCCGGAAGCUACCGAUAUGACAAAGUACCUGCGAGUGGCCCUCGACCCCCCAAACAUCACAUGUGGAGAUCCGCCAGAAACGUACUGCGCUUUGGAAAAUCCCUAUAUGUGCAACAACGAAUGUGACGCCACCACUGAGGAGCUGGCCCAUCCUCCCGAGUUGAUGUUUGACUUUGAGGGGCGCAACCCCACGACAUUUUGGCAGUCCACCUCAUGGAAGAAAUACCCAAAACCUCUCCAGGUCAACAUCACAUUGUCUUGGAACAAGACCAUCGAGCUGACUGAUGACAUCGUCCUGACCUUUGAGUCAGGCCGGCCAGAGCAGAUGGUCCUGGAGAAGUCGCUGGACUAUGGUCGGACCUGGACCCCUUACCAGUUCUACGCCACUGACUGCCUGGACGCCUUCACCAUGGAGCCCAAGACGGUCAAUGAGCUCACCCAGCGCACCCUGCUGGACAUCAUCUGCACUGAGGACUACUCCAGAGGCUACGUGUGGAAAAAUGACAAGACGGUGCGUUUCGAGAUUAAGGACCGCUUUGCCCUGUUCGCCGGGCCUCGUUUACACAACAUGGCCUCACUGUACGGCCAGCUGGACACCACCAAGAACCUGAGGGACUUCUUCACCAUUACCGAUCUGAGGAUUAGGCUGCUGAAGCCAGCCACCGGAGCCACCAUGGUGGACGAGAACAACCUGUCUAGAUACUUCUACGCCAUCUCUGACAUCAAAGUGCAGGGAAGGUGCAAGUGCAACCUGCAUGCCAACAGCUGUGUGUUUGACAAGGGGAAGCUGGGCUGCGAGUGUGAGCACAACACCACUGGGCCAGACUGCGGCCGCUGUAAGAGGCACUAUCACGGAAGGGCCUGGAGUGUGGGCUCCUACCUCCCCAUACCCAAAGGAACAGCAAAUAUAUGUAUCCCCAGUAGUCACGGACCAGUGCAUCGAGCAAAUGCUUCAUCUCUUGGUGUUGCAAAUCGUAACCAAGCUCGGGUGUGUGACAACGCAAUGCUGCGCUGUCAGAACGGUGGAACGUGCCACCACCAUCAGCGGUGCCACUGUUCCCCAGGCUUCACGGGCGUCCUGUGCGAGAGAGUUCGGUGCCAGGGCCCCGGGGAGUGUGAUGACCAAUCGUCUGGACAGGCCUCCCUCCAUCAUCACCCCAUCGGCCCCCAACGUGUUCUCCCCCUCCUAGUGUUCCCUCUAGUGAUUGUUUCCCUCUGUUGAGAGACCCAACCAGCCGCCCAUCCUCACAGACAGUCAGCCAAAACCCUAAGACCACAUAUGUUGAGAAUGAACUCUCAACCUUAAAGACACGGGGGACAAGGGACAUGUGGACAAUGCGCUCAGCAUACAGUAUACGCGACUCUUUUGUAUAUCCAAGGCCACAGUUAAGGGGGACAGUGUGAUAAGUGCAAUAUGUUGUACUCUGAUAUGAUAUACUGAAGGCUGCUGAAAUAAAUGGAUUUAUGAAAGAGGCUGAACCCUAGCCUUGUGAAUUCACUGUUGUCUUAUUAUCUCACUCUGGAAACAGUUGGAGCCCUUGCUUUGCGAUAAUGACAGUGGCAAAUACUUGACAUUCAUUGAAGGCGAACUGGAGACUCCGCCCAGAUAGAGCUGCCCACAUUCUGAGAGCAAACUGUACAAAACCGAACACAUGAUUUCUCAAUAUCAUCUGGCAUUAUUAAAAAAUCUGGAUGGGGACAUCUUAAAAAAAAAAAAAAAAAAAAGCAUCUUGCCUCACUGCCUCCUUCCUUACUUGUCCCCUUGUUCCCUUUUCCCACUUUCUCCCUUUCCUUCACUCUUCCCCUUCCCUCACUUUCUCCUCCCUGUGCUUUGGUGACUCUGGUGAUUUUAGUUUGCUGAAGGGUGUUAUUGUUUUUGCCAAAUGCUGCACACGUGUUAUUAUCAAGCCCCCUGACAAGUACCUUUCUAGUAUUUUUGUUCGGAGGCUUUGUAGUCAUGCUUGAGCUCACCUGUACGGAAAAAAAAGAUGUAACAUACUGUAACUGUAUUUAAUUUUUGUACAAAAAAAAA